AUGCUCGCCUGGUACCAAGCUCGCCUGGCCGCGCGCCCACUGCUCACCCAGAGCAUCACCACCGGCAUCCUCUUUGCCACUGGUGACAUUGUUGCCCAGCAGGCCAUCGAGAAGAAGGGCACCAAGGGCCACGAUCUUGCCCGCACAGGCCGCAUGGCCCUCUACGGCGGCAGUGUCUUCGGCCCCGUCGCCACGACCUGGUUCGGCUUCCUCGCGCGCAAUGUCAACUUCCGCAGCACCGCUGCCACCACCAUUGGCCGCGUCGCCACCGACCAGCUCGUCUUCGCCCCCGUCAUGAUUGGUGUCUUCCUCUCCUCCAUGGCCACCCUCGAGGGCACCAGCCCCAAGGCCAAGCUUGAAAAGAGCUACUUUCCCGCGCUGACGGCCAACUGGAUGGUUUGGCCCGCCGUCCAGGCCUUCAACUUUGCCCUGGUGCCUCUGCAGCACCGCCUGUUGUUCGUCAACGUGAUCAGUAUCGGGUGGAACUGUUUCCUCAGCGCGCUGAACAGCGCGAAAUGA